GUCCCCAGACGACAGACUAGCAGCCAAGUCGGAAACUCCCUCUCUCUCUCUCUCUCUCCUCCUCUCUCUCUAGAAAUUCAUAUUUAUAUUCUCAUAUGGAAUGCAAACCAGGGUUUUCAUGCGGCAAGCGUUUUCUGGGAUCAUUCCAGUGAGAGAAUAUCCCCCAUGAGCGAACGUGUUUGUCUUUUGCUCCUCUGUUCCGAGUUGUCGUAGUUCCUGAGCUUGGCAAGGAAGGUGGGGGGGAAAAAGGGAAGAAAAGGAAGGGCCAUCAUCGACCAUGGAGGGCGAGUUCUUUACUGCAACACCGACCCCAACGGCGACGGGAACGACUGCUGAGAAGCGGAAGCAGAGACAGCAGCAGCACCAUCAUCACCAUCACCACCACCAACAAGGUGAGAAGCCGUACAGGGGGAUACGGAUGAGGAAGUGGGGGAAGUGGGUGGCGGAGAUCCGCGAGCCGAACAAGCGGUCGCGGAUCUGGCUCGGCUCCUACACCACCCCGAUCGCAGCGGCCCGCGCCUACGACACCGCGGUGUUCUACCUCCGCGGCCCCUCGGCCCGGCUCAACUUCCCCGAGCUCGUCUUCCAGGAGGACGACGAGCUCCGGGACCUGUCUGCCGCCUCCAUCCGCAAGAAGGCCACCGAGGUCGGGGCCAGGGUCGACGCCCAGGCCUCCGCGGCCCAGCCCCCCGCCCCGGAGCCGAACUCAAGCCGGGUAGCCACGGAGAAGCCGGACCUGAACGAGUACCCAAAAGCGGAGAACUCGGACGGAGACUGAAUUAAAGCGGGGGAUCAUCCAUAUAAUCAUUUAGCUUCAUCUGAAUUUUUUCGUUUUUUCUUUUCUUUUCCCGUUUUGCUGUAGUCCGUAGUGGGUAGCCGAGUUUUGAUCUUCUCCUUUUCUUGGUUUCCACGCGCCGAUUGAUCUACUGAAUAUGAAGGGGGAAAAAGACAUGGCCCUGAUGAAGUUUUUUCGUUUCUUUCGAUAGAGAGAUGACAACAAAUAUGAAAUACAUCUCUGACGCUGGAAAUAUAUAGAAGCAAUCAGAUCAUAUCGUGGCUCUGGCUUUGUCUGCA